UGUAAUUGUUGCAAAUAAUAUAAAACGGAGGUAGCACAACAACUUGCCCUAUAUAACACCCUUCCAAUUUCACCAAAAUCGCGCACAUUUUUAAUCAAUAAACAUGAAAUCCUACUUAAAAUGUGUUCUCAUUUUGUUGCCUUGCUUACUAGGAAUAAUAUCAGCUGAGCAAUGUGGUAAACAAGCCAGUGGUGCACUAUGCCCCAAUGGCCUUUGUUGUAGCGAAUACGGGUGGUGCGGGACUACCCCCGAUUAUUGUGGGACUGGCUGUCAAAGCCAGUGUACGCCAGUCGGUCCUAGUCCCUCUGGGUAUGUUGGGUCGAUUAUCACCCCUGCCCUCUUUGAUCAAAUGCUCAAUCACCGUAAUGAAAAUAGCUGCCCGGGUCACGAGUUUUACACCUAUAAUGCUUUCAUUGCUGCUGCCCGUUCUUUCAAUGGGUUCGGCACCACUGGAGAUGUUACUACUCGCAAAAGAGAGCUUGCGGCUUUCUUUGCUCAAACCUCUCAUGAAACUACUGGAGGAUGGGCGAGUGCACCAGAUGGCCCAUAUUCGUGGGGUUACUGUUUUGUUAGAGAACAGGGCAACCCACCACCAGCUUAUUGUGACCCUGGUUCGCCAUGUCCUGCUGGUAAAAUGUAUUACGGUCGAGGCCCCAUCCAAUUAACCCACAACUACAACUAUGAUCUAGCAGGUAAAGCCAUAAAAGUCGACCUUAUAAACAACCCGGACUUAGUAGCCACUGACGCGACCAUAUCAUUCAAGACAGCAGUAUGGUUUUGGAUGACUGCACAAGGCAACAAGCCCUCGUGCCACAAUGUCAUUGUUGGAGGAUGGAACCCGUCAGCAGCGGAUCAGGCUGCAGGCCGUGUCCCAGGUUACGGCGUGAUCACUAAUAUCAUCAAUGGUGGGAUCGAAUGUGGUAAAGGCCAAGAUCCUAGGGUGGCUGAUCGAAUUGGGUUUUAUAAGAGGUAUUGUGAUAUCUUGGGAGUAAGCUAUGGAAACAAUUUAGACUGCUACUCACAGCAACCCUUUGCCAGCAACCUUUUGCUUAGUAACAUAUGGUAUACAAAGAACAUGUAAUAAUAUCAUGAUAAAAUAAAGUUGGUUUUUACUUGGUUGUGUUACUUUCAGUGUAAUAAAUCUUUGUUCUCUUGUAACUAAUCCAUCCUAGGAGUAAUUCCAUUGGAUCUUUUACAUGUACAAGUGCAUAUGUAGUUUCACUAGUUUGCAAUAAUAUUAUAUCGAACAAGAAUCGAGUGCAUAUGUACAAGUGCAUAUGUAGCAUCUUACAUGUA